CUAUCUAGCUCAUGAGCUGUUCCAUAGCUAUAGUCAAGCUACAGCCCAACUGGAUCGCUGCAAGUUGGAUGCAGAAGAUAAACGCGCUGGGUCGAUAGUUGUGCUUCCCCCAUAGGAGGCUGUGGAGCCUGAACCCACCUGUCUGUCAUGUCGACAAUCUCCAAGCGUAAGCGUGCGAGGAAGGCCUGCAAUCCAUGCCACCAGCGGAAGCGGAGAUGUGACAACCAAUAUCCCUGCGGCAUGUGCACCACAUACGACUAUAGCUGCAGCUAUGAUGAUGACGCGACGGGUACUGUGGGGGAUGGCGUGGAUGACCCGCCCCAAGCUAAGCGUAUCAGCGUUGAUGGAAGAAGUCGCUUGGCCAACCGGCCUCAAGUAGAGCAAAGCCACCGCGAAGCCAAUAGCUCGUCGACGAAGAGUCCCGCCACCGUAACCAGCACACCACCUGGGAUCUUUGACGAACAGAAGUUCAGAUAUACGGGAGCAUCGGCGGCUAUGGCUUUUCCACAUGUCCUGGGUGUUAAUCUCGGUUGUGACAGUCCUCCGAGGUUACGGUCAUGCGCCUACAACUUUGGUAACCGACCAGACGAGGCUUCAAACACUCACAGCUUCCUUGGGGAUUUGAUCUCCGAGCAGGACGUCAGUCACUAUGCGGGGGUGUAUUUCACUGUCAUGAACCCAAUCGGCGACAUCUUGGACCCCAGAAUAUUCGCCGAUCGAUGUCAUCAGUACUACGACGGCGGCUAUAGUACAGAUGUUACAUUUGCUGCCGUGGCUGCUGGCGUAGCCUGCCUCGGGUCCUUUCUCUCCUCCAACAGACAUCCACGGGAGACUGACCUGGUGCGGUACGCCAAAGCGAUUCUCGAUGAUCCAGCGUCCAUGCACACGCUAAACAUUGAUCACAUCGUCGCAUGGGACAUGCGUGCGUUCUAUCUUCGCGCGACAAGCCGCCCCAAAAUUGCCUGGAUUGCCUCCUGCACUGUCAUGCACCUGUGCGAAACAGUGGGGUUGCACGACGAAGCGAGCAUCAAGAAGAUAGCAUCCAAGGCUGGCGCUGCUGUCCUUGGGCUUGAUGCUGACCGGCUCAGAAGAAUAUUUUGGGCCUCGUGGGCUGCACACAACAUGCUGUCGUAUGAGCAAGAUUGUUCUGCUGUACACUUUCGCUCUGUAACAUGUCAGUCUUUCAUCCCAACACCGGGGUCUGUUGCCGACCAGUUCGUCCGAUUAGUCCAAUGUAUCCCAGCACCAAACUCCCCCUUUCGUCUCGACUCGGAGCCCGCGGACCUGAACGAGGAACUAUUUGAACGUCUAAAAGCAGUGACUGAACUCAAAGUAACCCAUCCAUUUCUAGUGGUGACUGCGGCAGACAUCGCCUUUUGCUUUUAUCGCCGCUUGUACCAGGCCCAGGCGUUGCCACCGAACGAAUUCAUCAGUCUCAUCAUUGAUUGUGGCAAUGCAGGACUGAAGGCGGCCGAGCAGCUCGCUAACGAAGGUCAUCUCUUCUGGAAUGUCCUCGGCAGCGUUUUCCAAUAUGCUUGCGUUCUGUUGGCGAUUGACAGACCCAUCUCCUCCGCUCACCUCGGCACUGUCUUCAAGCGGUUAGAAAACUUAGUCAAGGCGGCCGAUACAACACUGACACGCGAGGCAUUGUCAAUAGCACGACACCUACUCAGCCUCAAAACGGCUAAAAAGCGCAAGGAGCUGGCUGAGCUGGAAGCGAUUGAGGCAGACUUUCAAUCUGGUCUGACACCGCCAGAACCAGAGCCCAACGCCUCUAUGCCUGACAUAAGCUGGGAGCUGUACUGGGAUCAGUUCUUUCUAGAGCCGUAUUUGCCGAUGUUCGGUGGUGAGAUACAGCUAUAGUGGGGAGUUAACUUGCGGACUGUAAAUAUGUAUUCGGAGAGUAGUCAUGCUGCAAGAGAUACCAUCCUGCUUACUGGGAACUUCGAUGUUCAGAAUUGUAGAAGAUGCAACCACGUGAGCGGCGUUGGUGCGGCUAUUGCGGCGAUACUCAUGCUAGUGCGGAGUUAAUCAACUAUCUCCGCAUCGCCGCUUUUGUUGGUGUGCGGCUGCGGCGGCGGAGAUGAGCGGGAAUCUCACCUCAUCAUCGCCUUUCGCUCCUUCAGUGGGCGG